AUGGUUUUGCCACGGAUACACAAUAAUCUUCAAAAUAAUAGUUAUGUAGAUAUUCGACAUAAUAAUAUGAAAGAACUUGUUUGUAAUGCUGAUGGUUAUCCUAAUCCGGAUGUUGCUUGGAUUCGAGUUUCUGAUUUUAUUCUUCUUACACGAAAUCAAUCACAUGCUAUUCUUAAAUUUAAUCAUAUACAGCAUGGUAUAAAUAAAUAUAUGUGUGAAGCAAAAAAUAAGCAUGGUUUGACAAAGAUUUUUAUUUAUGUUAUUAAAUCAGAUACUCAAAUCAAACCAUUAUUAAAUUAUAGUAAUAUAAAAAGUCGAAGUGUUAUUUUGAGUUGGUAUGUAUCCACUGAACGUUUUGAUCGUUUCAAUUAUUUUAUUAUUUAUUAUCGUCGUUUACAUAAUUUUGAUAAAAAUAUAAAUGAACAAGAUGAAAUAAUUAAUAAUCAAGAUUAUGAACAAGUUCUUAUUGAUCCACGUACUACAAAUUAUACUUUUACAUUUCAAAUGAUGGAUCUUAUACCAUUUACAAAAUAUGAAUUUCGACUGCAAGGUUUUAUUGGUAGUACACCAACAGAUUAUUCAAAUUCAAUCUUUAUUAUCACACUUGAUACCGUACCACAGAAAGUCGAAAAUCUUCAUGGUUAUGUAUGGAAUGAAACAUCAGUUGUUGUUCAUUGGACACCACCUAAUUCAACAAAUGGACCUAAUUUUUAUUACAUUCUUUACUAUACAAUGAAUACGUUCAUUCCAUUCUCUCAAUGGUCUUAUACUAUCAUUCGUACAUAUCCAUUUCAUAUUAUUUCAUUGCCAAUAUCUACUAAUUUUCAACUAUUUAUUCGUGUUGCUAGUGUCAAUGCAAAAGGUUUAAUAUUAAGUGAUUUUCAUAUAAUUAAUAAUAGUUUAUCAAAUAAUCGUUUCAUAUCAACAAUUAAUAAAUUUCAAUGUUUUUCAAAUAAUCAAACUCAACUAUUAACUCUUCAAUGGUCUAUUGAUUAUAAAUCUCAUUUAUAUGUUGAAAAAUAUCUUCUUUAUUAUUCGGAUUUAACACAAAAUAAUAAUGAUUUUAUUCGAUUGUUAAUAAUACCAAUUGAUUUACUUUCCAUUAGUCAUCAAUCAACAGAUAAUUUAUUGAAAUAUGAAUUCAAUAUUUCUUUACUAAAUUUAAAUUAUAAUCAAUAUCAUAUUUUACGUUUACAUUUAUCUAUUAUUGACCAAAAUCAAAAUCAAUUAUUCAUGACACUUUCACCUAUUUACUGUGUGUUUACAAGAAAAUCUGGUAAGAAUAACAAAAAUCUUUUUUUGUCAGAAAUCGUGAUCGAUUGA